ACACGACUGAAUCACAGCGAUUACCUUCUUUCAAAUGAUCCCAGAGCAAGUCACAUACAAACAAGGAGUCCCAACCUCGCCAAGAACUUCUGCGAAGCGCGAAAGCUUUCUGCAAGCUAUCACACUCAAUUUUCUCUGAAUCCUGUCUUCGAAACGCCCCCUCCCGCAAUCUGGCACCACGCUACCACUUCCGUCCAAGAGCCCUCCACAAGGUUGAGCCACUGUCCCUGACUAUGGCGGCGAUUACACUCUCCCCGGUAUCAGGUCUCUCCGCCGUCAAGAGUGCUUGCCAAACCUGCCAGACUGCCUUUGACAGCCCGGCCGGCCUCGAGAACAACUCGAUGGAAGGGAGCCGUGCCCCUCCUGUCAAAAUAAUCUUGAAGCUCAAGGUCUGCCUAGCUUGCAAGGCAACAUUUGACCGGUACCUCGACCGCAAGACGAGGGCUUACUGGACGAAGAAGAAAUUCCAAAAAUGGGCCGAGACCGUGAUCCAUGUCACAGUCAAGCUCAAAAAAAAGUACAUGGUCAAAUUCCACCGAGGAACAACUCUGAAGUUACGUCAUAGCGGAAAAGUCUCGACCUUGAGAGUUCCAAACCGUUGGACGACUCGCAUCAUCUAAAAGUAACUGUCGAAGCCCAGCAACCACAUCAGAGAGGCCAUCGCUCGAACGUUCAUUUCCCCCCAUGUUACCCAAUCUUUCACUCUUGCUUGGAAUAUCUCCGAACAUCAUCAUACUUUCGAACACUAGAU